CCAGCACCCAACGUUACAAACAUGUCUGAGAAGCAUCCCCAGUCUUCAACGCCCGUGCCGGCGUACGAUGCGCCGCACCAGUGGACGCAGUCCCCCGCCGGUACCCUGCCUGCGGGCGGAGCGGGCCUCCACCAGCCUGCUCAUGAGAUGAGGUACGCCCAGCCCGGUGGCACGCCCGCCACGUCGCCUGGUCAACAGCCGCACCUCCACGGCGGCGGCGGCGGCUCGACGCACGCGGGCAUCGGCUCCGUUGGCGCACAGGCUCCCUUCGGGCAGCAGGCCGGCAUUGGCGGAGCUGCGUACGGCUUGAGCGAAGGAGCAGCGUACCAGCAGCAGCUCAUGGCCCAGUGCGCGCGGGGCAACCACUCGUACGACACAAAAUUCGGCGUCGUCGGCAUCAUUGUCGCGGUGUGCUGUUUCCCCUGCGGCCUCAUCGCGCUCUGCAUCGACAAGAAAGAGGUAUGCACGAGGUGCGGCCACCAGACUGGCUAAAUAACAAAGCCCAGCAAUGUCGACGGAAGGCGCCACCAGAAAGACCGAUACCAACGAC